UUUGCUUUUUUUGCUGCUGCCGAAAUAAGUUUGCAAUUCAAGGAACUUGCAUGAAAAAUGCAAUUUCAAAUAAAAUUUAAGUUUUUCAGUUACCCCUGCUGGCGCAAUAUGCAAAUGAUUAAAUUUGAAAAUAUUAACCUCUGGGGGGCUUGAACAAAAGUGGAAAGAAGGUCGAACAAAAAAAUUCAUUGUUAUGAAGAAACAAUAUGCAGUCCAAUAUGAGAAGAGUGAAAAGAUGGAGCCUUCCCCAGAUGCGGAUAAGGGCAAUCUGAUGAUUGAGAAGUUAGCCGUGUUUUUGUCUUGGUUUUGUGUAGUGAUAUUUUUCCCUUUCUCGAUAUGCUGUGGCCUAUAUGUGGUUAAGGAGUUUAAGAGGAUUGUGGUAUUCCGAUUGGGUCGUCUCAGAGGUUGCUCAGGUCCAGGUCUGGUAUUUCUGCUUCCCUGCAUCGAUUCGUUCAGAACGGUGGAUAUUCGUACGGGUGUGAUUGAUUCCGAUCCCCAGGAUAUGCUUACCAAGGACUCAGUGACAAUAACGGUGAAUGUAGCUGUGUACCACUACGUGUAUAACCCCAUCGACUGGUUUAUCAAGGUGGACGAUGGAAAUGAUGCCAUAAAAAGGAUUUCCCAGGUCACUCUGCGCAGCAUUGUCGGAUCCAAGAAACUGCACGAAAUAUUGACCUCCAGGGAGCAACUGUCGCAGGAAAUCCAGGAUGCUUUAGCCGGGAUCACCACUCGUUGGGGAGCUCGGGUUACGCGAGUGGGCCUGUUGGAAAUCAUCAUACCAAGUAGUUUGGAGCGCUCCUUGGCAGCCGAAGCGGAGGCAUCAAGGGAAGCACGAGCCAAGAUCAUUUUGGCCGAGGGCGAGGCCAAAGCUUCACAGGCCCUAAAAGAAUGCUCUGAUGUGAUGUCCACGAACCAAAUUACCCUACAAUUGAGGCAUCUGCAGAUUCUCUCAUCAAUGGCAAAAGAACGUAGGGUAAAUGUCAUUUUCCCCAUCCCCUUGGAAAUAAUGGAACCAUUUCAGGAUGGGAAGGAGUCGUCGAAUGCAGCUCAAGACGGCGAUGAUGGAAGGGAUAAGUAUGAGCAAUCUGAUAAGCUGAACUUAUACUCACCAAAAGUCUACAUCAUUGGUCCACCACCGGAUGCAUUCCCCGAUCCCAAUCCCAAUCCCAAUCCCGAACCUGAACCUGAACCUGAACCCGAUCCCGAAUCAGCAACUAAUAGGGAGAACGUAGAUGAGACCAGACCUGGCCGAUCUUGGCAGUGGCCACCAUUCUUCAGACCCUCGCGAAGACCUGAUAACAGCAACAACCAUCUGGCAGUCCGAAGAGCUCCCAUUGAAGAUGGCCAACGACCUGCCAGCAGAGGAACUAAUCUAACUGAUGGAAUCGAACCUUAUCCACUUUUGACUAAGCCUCCAGCCCGAUCCAGUUCGCCCUCUACAAAGCAAUCUUCUGUUCCCAUUCCUCCUCGUCCUGAUCCCCCGGCACUUCCUCCGGUUCCAUCUCAUCCGACGCUUCCUCCUAUUCCACCCCAUCCAACUCUACCUCCUCCCGAACGACCCACACCUCCUCCAAAAUCUACUUCCCCACCAGAAGAAAAAGCAAAAGUGACAAAGCCCGACAAAAAUUAUUAUUUUUAA